UCGGUUACAACCCGUUGAAACCAACACAACUUUUACAAUAAACCCACGUGUUUCUUGAAUCGUAUACAUGUAAUAAUAUUUUAGAAUGACAUAUACACUUCUUUAUACAUAUGUAAUAAAUCUGGUGAGUAUAUUUAGCUUUAAUCCCAUUUGAAGACUUCCAAGCCCCCCUCCUUGCAGUGUGAAUUCAGUGGCCCAUUACUCUUCCGCCAACAGUGGGUAGUUGAAGAGUGGAUGGAGAACUUCAUCCUGUAUGAGGAACUUGGGGCAGGGAGAAGCUCUGUUGUCUAUAAAGGACGAAGGAAGGGCCAUCUCAGCUAUGUAGCCAUCAUCUGCGCGGACAAAGCCAAGAGACCUGAGAUUACUAACCAUGUACGUCUCAGCCAUGAUCUGGAUCAUCCAAACAUAGUAUGCUUCUAUGAGUGGUAUGAGACAAGUAACCACCUCUGGUUGGUAGUGGAGCUCUGCACAGGUGGUUCCCUGGAGUCUGUAAUUGGUCAUGAUGGAUGUCUGUCAGAAGAUGUGGUGAGGCGGUUUGGAUGGGACUUGGUCAAAGGACUGAAACACAUCCAUAAAUUAGGAAUCAUUUUCUCUGACUUGACCCCUGCUAAGAUCCUACUGGAUGGUAGUGGCAUUCUGAAGUUUGGUAACUUCUGUCGGUCCAAGGCAGAGGGAGAGACACUGGAUGAUUUCUUCACCUUGCUCUCUACAUGUGAGGAGGCGGGGGAACGAGAUAACAAGCAGAAUCUUGAUAACAUGAAGAAAAGAUUACAAGGUUCUCCAACUUACAGCGCUCCAGAAGUUUUGCAGGGAUCAGAAACCAAUAUGAGCUCUGAUCUCUGGGCUAUGGGUUGCAUACUUUACUACAUGUACACUGGUAAACCUCCGUUCUAUUCUGAUAGCUGCACUGAACUGACAGAGAUGAUUUUACAUCAGGAACCACCACCACCUAGACAGACCGUGUAUUCAGCCAGUCCUCCCAGUGAGGAUUUCCAGAAUCUUCUGAAAGGCUUGCUCAACAAAAACCCCGAUAAGAGGAUGAACUGGUCAGAGUUGCUGGACCACCCUUUCUGGACACAAGUGCUAAAGGGGGAAGAGGAUGCAGAUGAGGGAGAAGAGGAGAAUGAAGAAGAGGAUCGGGAGGGAAACAAUGGCUGUGAGGGGGUUGGUUCAGCUAGCUUGAGACACACAAGGAUCCCUGACCCUUUCCCUCCAGGACAGACAGACGAGCUUGCCAACAGUCCCUCUGCAAUCACCCAGCCAGCCCAUAGGAUUUCUAAGAAACUAAUAUCAUCACAGACAACAACUGUAACAACUGACAGAUGGACUGAUUGCCAACAAGCUGUCAGAAACACAACCUGUGGAUCCUUAAGGAAGGGAGGAGGAGGGGGGGAGGCAAAGAAAGAAUAUGACCCCAAGCUACCUGGGGCCCAACAGAUGUACCACACACUGCAGCCCAAUAAAUCAUUCACAAUAGAUAACAUAUCAGAGUUCAGGCCAAAGAAUGGAGUGGAUGAGGACAACACUGAGGCCAUUUUUCUGCUCAGCUCCUGUGCCAACUCAAGGAGGAGCUGCAGUAUCCCAGACUCUCCAAACCAGACCCCUGCACCUCAGGGCAGUACUGGUGUUAACAUUAAAUCCUGUGUGAAAGCUCUUCUCCAUACUGACUCUGAUCUGACUGUCACCCCAAUCAUGGACAACCCCAAGAUUCUUAAGAGUUCUCCUGUGCGAUUUGAUCCCAAAAUCCUUUGUGUACCAGCAUAUUCAGUUGAGAAGCUGCACUCCCUGAGUGAUGAAGAGUGGACUGUCUUCCUCUUGCAGCUCCAUUCAUCCCUUGAAGAACAGAACCCCUCCGCUCCUCUCUCCUCCUCCUCCAUAGCCCCUCCUCCUCCCUCCACAGUGACUCGCUCCAGACUCAACCUGCUGUGCUACCUCUGCUGUGUGGUUGGACAUAACGUUAUUGCUAACAGGCUGAUUAACUCAACCCUGCUUCCAGUAUUGACUCAGCAGUUACGACAAGCUCCUAACUGGGAUGUGCGGAGCAAGGUCCUCAGAGUGAUGGGUCUCCUGGCUCUGCAUUGUACGGAACUCGGAGAGGACAGUCCUGUUUCUGAGGCAGUGUCCACACUAACAGACCUAUUGAGAGAGAACCUGAGAAAUAGUAAAAUAAAGCAGUUCUUGCUGCCACCACUCGGGGAGUUCCUCUACCUCAUCGCCUCUCAGGAGGAGAAGAGAGGCUCCCCAGAGGGAUUGUGGUUCGUUCCCGCUGCCGCCUACACUGGCUUAAUGAGGAGCCUGCGGGAAGGGGAUGAUUCCAUAGUUCAUCACAUGGCUGCAAAAGCCAUAGAGAACAUCUCCACCACUGUCUCUGGCCCCUCCCAUCACCUGGUUACCACAGAGAUAGGCUCCGCCCUGUGGUACCUGUUCACUCACUCCACAGUGGAGGCUGUCAGAGUCACUGCCAUCUCAUCUCUUUCUAGGUUAACCCGGGUGGUCCCAGCUGUCUUCUCGGCAGUGAUUGACACCUGUGGCCCUGCGGCCAUCUUGGAGGGCAUGGGCGGAGCAGGAGCCAGGGUCCAGCAGCACCUGCUCACUGCUAUGGCCACUGCCCUAUUCACCUCACGCACCCAAACGCACCGCGUCACACAGAGCACGGAUUUGGUGUUGCAAGUGCUGCGUUGUCUAGAGAGUCCAUCCACUGUAACAAGAGCCAAAGCAUUACUACUACUAAUUCUACUAAUACAGGACAACACACACACUCUGCUUUACUGCUGUCAACACAGACUUGUGAUGUACCUGGAGAGAGAUCUGCGCAAAGCAACUCCCCUCAGAGAGAAUCCCAGCCAAUCAGGAUACCUGUCUCAGUGUCUGGAUUUACUGAUUGUGAAUCUGAGUAGCACUGCACCACUGAUACUGGAGGAAGUCUUAUGUGCUUUACGAGGUGUGAUCGGGAGGAAACACCCAUCUACAGCUCAGAGCAGACAGCUUAAACACACUUUGCCUACCAUGUCUGUAGUGCUGGAACUCCUUUCAUCACAGGUCUUUAGAUCUCAAAUUGUAACUGAAGAGUUUCUAGCUCAAAUUGGAUUGCUUCUGAACUAUAUAGCAUCUAUAGAGUCCAAUGAAACAAAUCUUGCCAGUGCUUUGGGUGCAGCAGUAUGUGAGGAAUUGAUUAGGACCUCUCUAUCCAUUGUGGAGGUCCUGAGUCAGCACCAUGCUCUCACCAUUCCACAUCAAGGUGUUGUUGUGGACGCCAUUCUGCCUCCUCUGACAACACUGGCUUUUAGCAGAAAUGUGGAGUGGUCUGUGUUUGUUUUGAGGGUGCUGUCCGAACUCAGUCUUGUCCUGCUGGUCCAGGAGAGUGAUGUAACUGAGGAAGAUGAUGAGACAGAGGAAAAGAAAAAGAGAAGAGAGGAAGGAGGAAGGCCAGCAGAUGGAAGCGGCGAUGGAAGCUCCUGUAGUCAAAUCUUAGCUCUCAUCACUGAAUCUCUGCUUCCAAGGUAUGAGACUCUUCUUCGAGCAGCAGAACCUAUCCCACUCUACGCCCUCAAACUACUGGUAUCGAUGACUGAACACAGCAUGCAGAUCUGCAGGUUGAUCAAACACAGUAGGAUCCUACCAUCCGUCUUUCAACUCAUUAUGGCUAACAGUAGUAAUGUUACCAGUGGGAUGGUCCAGAAUGCAGUCGCCUUGCUGUGUAAUCUUAGUGGAGAUGCAGUCUUGGACCUGGAUCCGCUAUACAAACAAGGUCUAAUAGAGGUGGUGGUGAGCACCCUCUCAGAGGCUGCACUAUUUCACCUGGAUGGAGAAGGGCAUGGGAGGAAGGUCAGCCAUCUUGUUUUACAAGCCCUUCUGGAGCUGCUUCACAACAUCUUAAAACAAACAUCUGUUGUUGUCCGCUCCGCACUGCAGAGCCAGAGGCUAUCUUGUCCAGCAGCAGCGAUGGAGGCAGCAGAGAAGCUGCUCCUGGAAAACCGACCCCUGAGCCAACUCAGCACACACCUCAUUCACACGCUGUCCACUGAAAACCAGGAGGUUUGGGAGGAGUCUAUUCAGUGUCUGUCCCUACUUGUCCAGCUGUAUGGAGGGGAGGGUUGUGACUGCCUGUCACCUUCCUGCUUGCAAAACUUUUCACACGUGCUGCACACACACAUGCACACUGGGACUCCCCGAAUCCAACGCACAACACUUAGGAUCAUCAAACGACUGGUGCAGACUACAGAGCGAUCCGAUUGGUUAGAAUGUACCGAAGGGGCGGGGCUACUGAGUCUACUGCAGGAUAUAACUACAUCCAACAGGUGUCAUGCCGAUGUGAUUCCACUUGCUGCUGAAAUCCUCCAAGAGAUCUCUGGAUCCUAAAAGCUUUUAAUCUCCAAACCUUAAGAAAACCUGAACCAUUUCAGAACUUUAAAGGUACUUGUGAUUGUUAGUCUGCCUCUCUGAAUAAUCAGCUAGAAGACUGUUCUUUCAAAAUUUUGUCAGUUUUGGAAUAAAAUGUCUUUAGACAUUA